CUUAGUCUGUGAGUUCACUGUGCUGUUCUGCGCUGCUGUCACGCAAACACCAACUAAACAACACCUCAUUUUCUCUGAUUUUGGGUGUUUUGCGUAUGCAUUCUUGAGGAUUAUUAUAGUUUAGAGAGAGAGAGAGAGAGAGGGAGAGAGCUUGAUAGGUGAAGGAAUGAUGGAGAAGGGGGCAUUGUUGUUGUGCAUGGUGAUCCUCCUCAAUUGUGGGCUGAUUCAUUGCAGCGUUACUUAUGACAGGAAGGCAAUAGUGAUCAAUGGGCAAAGAAGAUUGCUUUUCUCUGGUUCCAUUCACUAUCCCAGAAGCACACCCGAGAUGUGGGAAGAUGUUAUCAACAAAGCUAAAAAAGGAGGGUUGGACGUGGUUGAAACCUAUGUGUUCUGGAAUGUCCAUGAGCCUUCCCCUGGCAAUUAUGAUUUUGAAGGGAGGUAUGACCUGGUAAGGUUUUUGAAGACGAUUCAGAAAGCAGGGCUUUAUGCCCAUCUUCGGAUUGGGCCUUAUGUUUGUGGAGAAUGGAAUUUUGGAGGGUUCCCAGUGUGGCUGAAGUAUGUUCCUGGUAUUAGCUUCAGAACAGAUAAUGAGCCAUUCAAGAUGGCUAUGAAAGGGUUCACAGAGAAAAUUGUAAACUUGAUGAAGAGCCAUAACCUGUUUGAAUCUCAAGGUGGCCCAAUCAUACUCUCACAGAUAGAGAAUGAAUAUGGUCACCAAGCGAAGUCGCUUGGGGCUGCUGGCUAUCAGUACGCGAAUUGGGCAGCGAAUAUGGCUCUUGAGAUGAACACAGGAGUCCCCUGGGUGAUGUGCAAGGAAGAAGAUGCACCUGACCCUGUGAUUAACACAUGCAAUGGUUUCUACUGUGAUAAGUUUUCCCCCAAUAGACCUUACAAGCCCACAAUUUGGACUGAGGCUUGGAGUGGUUGGUUUUCGGAAUUUGGUAGUCCAAAUCAUGAACGGCCAGUUCAAGAUUUGGCAUUUGCUGUAGCUAAGUUCAUACAGAAAGGAGGUUCAUUUGUAAACUACUACAUGUACCAUGGAGGCACCAAUUUUGGGCGCACUGCCGGAGGCCCUUUCAUCACUACAAGCUAUGAUUAUGAUGCUCCCCUUGAUGAGUAUGGUCUGAUCCGACAACCGAAGUAUGGUCACUUGAAGGAGCUUCAUAGGGCUAUAAAACUGUGCGAGAGAGCAUUGGUUUCAGCAGAUCCUACUGUGACAUCUUUAGGAAGCCUUCAACAGGCAUAUAUAUACUCUUCAGAGAUGGGAGGCUGUGCAGCUUUUCUCUCAAACUACGAUACGCAAUCUGCUGUGAGAGUUAUGUUUAACAACAGGCACUAUAAUUUGCCACCGUGGUCCAUCAGCAUCCUUCCAGACUGCAGGAAUGUAGUCUUCAAUACAGCAAAAGUUGGAGUUCAGACAUCACAAAUGGAAAUGCUGCCAACUAAUUCAGAGAUGUUUUCAUGGGAGACUUACAGUGAAGAUGUAUUUGCAUUGGGUGACAGAUCAUCGUUUACCUCGUUUGGCCUCUUGGAGCAAAUCAAUGUCACUAGGGAUACUAGUGAUUAUCUGUGGUACAUAACUAGUGUCGACAUUGGUUCAUCUGAGUCCUUUUUGCAUGGUGGUGAGCUCCCAACGCUUACAGUGCAAUCAGCAGGCCAUGCUCUUCUUGUGUUUAUCAAUGGGCAUCUUUCAGGUUCUGCAUCAGGGACGAGGCAAAACAGGAGAUUCAUAUUUAAUGGAAAAGUUAACCUCAAUGCUGGAACAAAUAGGAUUGCAUUGCUCAGUGUGGCUGUUGGACUCCCAAAUAUAGGGGGGCAUUUUGAGACAUGGAACACAGGAAUCUUGGGUCCUGUUGUACUGCAUGGACUUGACCAGGGAAAAUGGGACUUGUCCCGCGCAAAAUGGACAUACCAGGUCGGGCUUAAAGGCGAUGCCUUGAAUCUCGGUUCCCCCAAUGGUCUUUCCUCUGUUGAAUGGAUGCAAGGGUCAUUGAUGGCACAAAAACAGCAACCUCUAACAUGGCAUAAGGCAUAUUUCAACGCACCUGAUGGAGAUGAACCGUUGGCUCUGGACAUGAGGAGCAUGGGCAAAGGUCAAGUAUGGAUCAAUGGUCAGAGCAUUGGUAGAUACUGGACCGCAUAUGCCACUGGAAAUUGCGAUGGUUGCCAUUAUGCUGGAGGCUAUAAGCCGAGAAAGUGCCAACUUGGAUGUGGUCAGCCAACUCAGAGAUGGUACCAUGUGCCUAGAUCUUGGUUAAAACCAACAGAAAACCUGUUGGUUCUCUUUGAGGAACUUGGGGGAGACCCGACAAGAAUUUCUCUCGUGAAGAGAUCAGUAACCAGUGUCUGUGCAGACGUCGCUGAAUUUCAUCCAAAUAUCAAGAAUCUGCAGACUGAUAGCUAUGGCAGAACAGAGGAGUUUCACAAACCAAAACUCCACCUUCGUUGCAGCCCCGGUCAAUCUAUUUCCUCCAUCACGUUUGCCAGCUUUGGAACUCCACUGGGAACCUGCGGGAACUUUCAGCAAGGACCUUGCCAUGCUCCUAGCUCACACACAAUCUUAGAAAAGAAGUGUAUAGGAAGACAAAGAUGCUCAGUGGCAAUCGCAAAUAGUAAUUUUGGAGAUCCAUGCCCAAACGUGUUGAAGCGUUUGACAGUGGAAGCAGUCUGCAGCCCUAACCAGUGGGAUUAGGGGAUCCAGGGGAAUGUUUACACAUACAUAAAAGGGAAAGAGCAAAGCACAGGAGAAGCAGUAUAGUUAGAUUAACGAGUGGUGAUACUAUUUAUAGGGGUGCCGAAGGGGGCCUCUCUGAAGUAGAGUGAUUAAAACUUUUAUGAGAGUGCAGCAUAGUCUUGUGUAGGAUUGCAGAUUACCACUAAAGUCUGGUUCCCUUUCCCCUUUUAAGUGGAAAUGUGGAAUAGAUAGGCUGUUUUUGCAUUGUUGAGUGAUGAGGAGAAAGAUAACAUGUGUUGAAUGGGAGGAUUAAGCCCAGUAGGUUCAUGUUAGGAAUGGAUCCUAGUAUGACCCCCUUUCAUCCUGUUUCAAUUCUGUGUUGUUUGCGUAGUUGCAAAUGAAAUGCCAAGUGUGUACAAUUCAGUGUCA